AUAUGAUUACGUUGGAUGACGGAUUUAGUCAAAAAGAAAAGAAGAUUGUUGAGAAAAAUGCUUUGAAGAAGCAAAAAACAUUGUCACAAAUGUUUACUGUUAAUACGAAAAAAUCAAGCAAAAUUAAAGAUGGUCAACCUGCUAAAAUUAAUGCUGUUUUCCCGCCUCGAAAACCGGCAGAUAAAGAUGGUCUCGCGGUAGUUGGUGCUGGGAACAAUGAAAAAGAAAGGGUUGUUGAAAUGGUUUGUUCAAGAGAUGAUUCCGAAAAGAAGUCUGAAUUGCCACUGGCAAAGAGUUGUUUUGAUUUGGAUAUUCGCUUUCCCUUGCCUUCCCCGAAACCUGUGGCAGCACCUGAGCCGUUGAAACGACAUUAUGGCGAUAUUCUUAUGGUGACCGAAUUCAUUCAUUUUUACGGCAACUUUCUCUGUCGAGAUGAAGAUCUUCAGUAUUGCCCAGAUGAUCUUGUUUCGGGAUUAAUGAACGAUGGUCCGAAAUCUGAUGUCUUCGUUCGCAUUUUGUCUGGAUUGCUUAGAGUAUUGCUACAAGAUUUAAGGCAACAAGAAUCAUCGAAAGAGUUUGCAGAUAUCGGGGUGGAUUUGACGGACAUGAACAUGUGUGAUUCGACAGUUGGAGAACUAACCAAGAUGUAUUUAAAACGUUGUUGUAAUUAUGAGGGAAUAGAAAAGGAUGGUUUAAAGCAAAGAAAUCUGUCGGGGAACAUUCUUCUGGAGCUUGAGAGGAAAGAUGUUGUGAACUUGAGCGCAGUUCAGAAGCUUGAGAUAUUGAUCUACAUGCUGGAGCAAAUACUGACGUCUGAAAAGUUUUGCUCCCAUUGUCAAGAUCUGGAGGAGACCAGAAGAAUGUCAUGGAGAAAGAAGCUUCAGCUUGAAGGAGAGAUACGACAUUUGUUGCAGGAACAGAAGCAGCUGGAUGAUGCAAAACCUGACCAGAAAGAAAUUGACACAUUUUUGGAAAAGAACAGUGGUGAUGACGGAGACAAGGCUACUGGCAAGGAAGAGAAGAGUCCCCUCCCUGAAUCGUUUAAUGCGGAUGAAGAAAUCAAAGAUAACUUGUCGAGUAAUGAACUGGGGAUGAAAGAAAAGGAUAGGGAAAGCUGUGCUUCCACAAAGAGACAAGAAAUGGCGGCAAAGAGCAAAGCUGAAAAAGAGAAACUUGAUCAGAUGCGUUAUUUGAGCGAGGAGCUUUUCAAGAGAAGACAAAAAAUUGAACGGCUAAAGGAGACGAUCAACCAAACGAGGGAUUGCCGUCGUGUUGAGGCGCUGGGAAGUGACCGCAAUCACAGUCGAUACUGGCUGCUUCAGUCUCAUCCUGAAAUAUUGUUUGUUGAGAAGACGGUGGGCCCGGAUGCAACGGCGGCGAUGUCGUGCCCUGAAGAGGUGGUCGCUGAGAAAGAGGGGGUGAUUAAUGAAGAAGGGGGGAAGACCCCUUCAGCAAGUGAGGAGUCGUGGCAUUAUUACGGUACGGCAAGUGAAGUUGACCAGCUGAUAUUGAGGCUCAAAUUUCACGAUGAGAACGAAAAUGCUCUGAUGCAGAAAAUAAAAAUACACGCAAAGAAACUGCGAUUGAUGAAAAGGAAAACAAGUUUAUCUGAAGAAUGUCCCAGUUCUUCGGGGGAAAACGCGAAUGAGAGCAGCGUAGGUGAACUUGGGAAGUUAAAAAAGGUGAGGACGUAG